AGAGAAUGUUUAAUCAUUUCCAGGCAACUAUAAUUCUCAGUGACAAUGAUGCUGAGUUCUCCUGCAAUGCUGAGCUUCACAACUGCUGUUGCCUGUCGAUGAGCGGGAAGCCGUUGGCGCUGUAUGGAUUCAAUGCUGCCUAGCACAAGGAACAUAUAUAGCAAGUAUUCGCUUCCACCUUUUCUAAGAUAACCCAGAUGGUGAUUUCGUAUUUCAACAAUAAGUCUCUUUUCCGGAUUAUCAGGACUGCUUCAAGAUGUCGAUGUCUUCAGGAGUCGUAAUUUCGAAUGAGUGCAUCACCGCGUCCAGAUCACUCCGCUUUGGCAGGGGCCCCCAGAAGCCCCGGUUUGUGAUCUACAAAAUCUCCGACGACGAAACUACCGUCGAACUAUGCGAAUCGUCAGGCGAACCAGACUACGAGGUCUUUCUUCAGUCUCUCUGCGCGGCAGCAGACAGCACGGGGAAGCCAAUGCCACGAUACGCCGCGUACGACGUGGAAUAUGACCUCGGGGAAGACGGAAAGCGCUCUCGCCUGGUGUUCAUCAGCUGGGUCCCUCAGGAAACACCAUUGAAGCUGUGUAUGUUGUACGCGACUACAAAAGAGCAGCUGAGGAACGCGCUCGAUAUUAAACUUGCCAUCCACGCGGAUACCCCGGAUGAACUGGAGUGGCGGAAUCUCUUGAGCGUCGCCAGCGGGGGGAGAGUUUAGAGAUUGGAGUUCUUUUUGGGUGUCUUGCUGUGCAAAGCGUGCGGUUGGUUUUGUUGACAACUUGUCUUCAGUAGUGGAUAACAGCUGCC